AAAGCAAAACACAUAAUGGAGGUGCCACGCAGCUCUGACCCUCCCCUUCGCAUCAAACCUAUUCAAAACACAGAGAGAAGGAAAGUCUCGUGUCUGAACGGGAAACUCCCAUUGCUCCUUUCCCUCAGCAUCUUCCCCUUUCCCUCAGCAUCCCUCCCUCUCCCUCAGCAUCUCUGCCCUUCUGUCCUCCCCGGGGUGAGUUUCUCUGCCCAGGGCCCCGCUGCCUGCCCUGCCCCUCGCACUCCCCGGGCCGGGGGCUCCAGCGAGGGCUGCGGGGCCGGACUAGCGCUGAGGUGCCGCCGGUCCCGCCCCGCCCCGCCCCGGCUCCGCCCGCCAGCCCCGCACCGCGGAGCGGCCCCGGCGGGAGCGGCAGCGGGAGCGGCGGCCACCGGGAUGCGGCGGGGAGCGGGUCCGGGGCGGCGAUGGGCGCUGCUGUGGGCGCUGCUGUGGGCGCUGUGCUGCGCCGCGGCGGGCGGCGGCGGCGGGCGGAGAAGGGCCGCCAGCCUGGGCGAGAUGCUGCGGGAGGUGGAGGCGCUGAUGGAGGACACGCAGCACAAGCUGCGCAACGCGGUGCAGGAGAUGGAAGCUGAAGAGGAAGGGGCAAAAAAGCUGUCAGAAGUAAACUUUGAAAACUUACCUCCCAACUACCAUAACGAGUCCGACAAGGAAACCAGAAUUGGUAACAGAACUGUUCAGACUCAUCAAGAAAUUGAUAAGGUUACAGAUAAUAAAACUGGAUCAACAGUUUUUUCUGAAACAGUUAUUACAUCUAUAAGGGACGGAGAAAACAAAAGAAAUCAUGAGUGUAUCAUCGAUGAAGACUGUGAAACAGGGAAAUAUUGCCAGUUCUCCACCUUUGAAUACAAAUGUCAGCUCUGCAAAACCCAGCAUACACCCUGCUCCCGGGACGUGGAGUGCUGUGGAGACCAGCUCUGCGUUUGGGGCCAGUGCAGGAAAUCCACUUCAAAGGGAGAGAACGGCACCAUUUGUGAGAACCAACACGACUGCAACCCUGGAAUGUGCUGUGCUUUUCAGAAAGAGCUGCUGUUCCCUGUGUGCACACCCUUACCUGAGGAAGGUGAACCCUGCCAUGAUCCUUCCAACAGACUUCUCAACCUCAUCACCUGGGACCUGGAACCCGAUGGAGUGCUCGAGCAGUGCCCAUGUGCAAGUGGCUUGAUCUGCCAGCCUCAGAGCCACAGCCCCACAUCUGUGUGUGAACCGUCUGCCAAUGAAACCCGGAAUAACGAAAAAGAAGAUCCCUUAAUCAUGGAGGAGAUGCCAUUUCUCAGCUUAAUCCCCAGGGAUAUUCUCUCUGACUAUGAAGAAAGCAGUGUCAUUCAGGAAGUGCGUAGGGAAUUAGAAAGUCUGGAGGAGCAAGCAGGUUUGAAGCCUGAGCCUGACUCAGCUCAGGACCUGGUUUUGGGAGAUGAAAUUUAAAGUCCAAGCACCAGGCAGUUUAGUUAGUCAUUUCUAGCAAUUUUUUGUCUAGUGUCUUGCUUAUAUAAACCCUAAACACACACUGCUGGAUAGAAGUGCAAUAAACAAGGUCUUCAACGAAAAUACUUCUCUGUGCACCAAACCUGCAUGUUCCAAUUGCUGUUGAAUUCAUUCAAUCCUUGGACCAAACCUGUCAAAUGAGAAGUGUUUCUUCUGGAUUAGUUUUUUCCCCGUGUACAUCAGAAAUAAACUUAUUAGUACUUAUACUCAUUAAAAAAUA